AUGGAUUCGCUCAGACCUGUCAAACCGUUUGACGCGAAAGUUGAUCAAUCGCAGUUGGCUUCCGAGUGGAGGAAGUGGAAGCGUUGCUUGGAAUAUUAUUUGGAAGCUAGCAAUAUUACGGGGCAGCGAGAAAAACGAAACCAGCUUCUCCAUUUGGGUGGUGUAGAUCUCCAAGAUAUUUUUGAUAAUCUUCCUGGCGUAAACGACAUCCCUCACGUAACUCUUGAUCCGCCGUUCUAUGAUGUGGCCGUAGAGAAACUUGAUGCCCAUUUUCAACCGACGCGUAGACGAACAUACGAACGCCACAUUUUUCGACAAAUCUCUCAACAGCAAGGGGAACGGUUUAAUGACUUUGUGAUGAGAUUGAGAAUUCAGGCCAACCGUUGUGAAUUCGAUCAGGAGGGGAAUUCAGUCCUUGAAAGUAUGAUCAUUGACCAAAUUGCCGAGAAAUGUGUGUCGUCGGCGUUGCGAAAGAAAAUUUUAGAAAAAGACCGUUCAUUGAGUGAGGUUGUGGCAAUCGGCAAAACAAUCGAAGAUGUUGAGGCUCAGUGCAAAGAAUUAAAAGGCUCAGAUUCAACAACGAAACCGUUUGGAGAAAUCAACAAAGUGGAUUUUCCGGACCAUCGUUAUUCUCGAAACGAAGGGUUUUCUCAGAAAUCGAAGUUUUCAAUGUCUUCGCCCAGAAUGGAUCAACGUAACCGCUGGGAUUUCCAACCACAAGCAUCCGGUUUUCAGGGACGAACCAAUUGGAAUCCUCGAAAAAAUGACAAAUUUCGUUGGUCAAACCCAAAUCAAUUUCAAUGGUCAUGUGAUACCCGGAUCUGUUUUGGUUGCGGUCGUCGUGGUCAUGUAAAGGAUAGUCCGGAUUGCGUUGCGAAAUUGGCACAAUGUUUGAGAUGUAAGCGUUCGGGGCAUUUUGCAAAGUGGUGCACGAAAAGACCCUGCGAGGAUGCAGUACCAGGACUAUCGGCGAAAAGGAUCAAAGCAAUUUACAAUGAAAAUGAAGAGAAACAGAAGGAUAAAACAGAGGAUAUUUGCUACGUUAUGGGUCAAAACGUAUUCCAGUUCAAAGUCGGGGGAGUCAAUAUACCAAUGGCGAUUGAUUCGGGCGCUGCAGCUAACGUGGUUCAUUGUGCUGCUUGGCAAAAACUGAAGGCGGCUGGGGCCGAAAUAGACUAUCAAUCUCAUACCUAUCGGUCAUUCAAAGCAUAUGGGUCCAAAUCUCCACUUAAAUUGGCGGGAAUGUUCAGAGCAAAAAUCCAAGCUGGGGAUAACUGCACGGAAGCUAUAUUCUAUGUUGCUCUAGAUGGGACACAGUCUUUGCUAGGUGAUGAGACGGCAAAGAGAUUGAAGGUGUUGAAAAUUGGUUUUCAGAUCGCCGAUGUGUCUGAAGAUUCGCCUAAGUUUCCGAAGAUGAAAGGAAUCUUGAUUGAAAUACCUAUUGAUCCAAAUAUCAAGCCCGUGCAACAAUCAUAUCGUAGUGUACCUUUUGCACUGGAAGAAAAAGUGACCGAUAAACUAAGCUAUCUUUUGGAUCAAGACAUUAUUGAACGCGUACAAGAGCCAUCAGCGUGGGUAUCACCCAUAGUUCCGAUAUUAAAAGAUUCCGGGGACAUUCGUUUGUGUAUCGACAUGCGCCGGGCAAACCAAGCGGUGUUGAGAGAGACCCAUCCACUGCCGAUAGUCGAGGAAAUGUUUGGAUCAAUCAAUGGAGCUAUGCGUUUUUCAAAAGUGGACAUAAAAGAUGCCUAUCACCAGGUAGAGAUUUCGAAAAGGUCAAGAGAGAUAACCACGUUUAUAACUAAGCAGGGUUUGUUCAGAUACACUAGUCCUAGGAGAUUCAGAAAGGGUAUAGACGACAAGAAUCAGCAAAUGUCUGGGAAUGAAAUAGAGGAGAAUAUCGAAAUGCGACCACGACGGAGUAUGAAACGACCAGGCUACUUGGAUGACUACAAUGUAGCGAUGAUAGCGGAAAGUUUGAACAGAAACGAAUACAACGUGGAGUUUUAG